GUGACGUCACCUAUGUCCAUUAAUACAAUCCGGACUACAAUCGUUCCGACCUACCUACGCUAAGCUUUAUUAAACUAUAAUACAUAAAUAAAAAAUACCGGUUAACUAACUGACGGCCUUGAAAUAGUCGAAUAUUUUUAAUUAAGAAAACGAAUCGGAUUUAAGAAGCAGAAAGGUGUUUUAUGGGGACGGAAACCGUCGAGCCCAGAGAGGACUUCAGAGAUGGUAUAAGACCCGUAGAAGAUGCAGAACUUCAGUUUGUGGGCUCUUCUACCUCCGGCCUUCUCCAUCUUCACCGCCGGCGGGCUUUGGGCCGUAUACUUCAUUUCUCUUUAUAACGAGAUUGUGACGCCUCUCGGUGACCACAGAAAUUCAUCCCUUUAUCCUCCCUUCAUAAGUGUCACAGGCAACUUUCCACCAGGAAGCUGUUUCUUCAGUGCGACCAUGAACCUGGCAGCGUUUGCAGGGUCGGUCAUCGGCUUCCUCAGAUACCUGCAGCUGAAGAACAGGUUAUGCAGACCGUGGCUGAACGUGGCUGGAUUGGCGUUCUUCUCCAUCGCCUGCUUUGGAAUGACGAUUGUCGGGAACUUCCAGCUCUUUGCUCUGAUGAAGAUUCAUGACUCCGGCACCCUGAUGACGUUCGGGAUGGGCACGCUGUACUGCUGGCUUCAAGCUUACAUCACGCUGAGGGUGAACCUGAAGGGCGAGGGGACGAAGGUCGCCGCCCUCCGUUUCCUGUUGGCUGGACUCAUCACUCUUUGCUUGAUAUUGAAGUUCGUCUUCGUCACAUUCUCCCUCGUGCGAGCCGCUCAGUGUCAGUGGGCUCUGGUCAUGUCCUUCCUCAUCUACGUCGGCACUUUCGGCAUCGACUUUCGCCACAGCCACUUUGACGCGGUUUGCACCGACGAGGCGGAGCAUCCGGAAGAGUCCAGGACGUCUAUGAUAGAACAAGAGCUGCAGCAACUGUAGGCGUGUUGGACUCCAUUGAAGCCGAGUCUAACUUAUUGAAACAUUUUAAUGUAUUUUUAUGGUUUCUCUCCAUCUGUCCACUAUGAUUUUAAACACAUUUCUGUUGUGGGAUCAUCUUCUAUGCAGAUGAUGUUAAACUUUUCUACUCAGUGGAAAUGUCAAACAGUUUGGUUUAAUUUAAGUUGAUUAAAGUUUAAAACACUAAA